AUGUCUUCAUCACCCGGCUUUUGGAGUAUUUUCUCACGUAUCCGCUUCAAUUACGGAGGUACGGUUGUUGACCAACUAAGGGAGUACAUCGGUCAGUCUACAAAGAUAGUACGGAACCAGUGCCACGUGCGUUUUAACCAUGAAUGCCUCAACAACAACGUGGUUCCUCGAAGCCUACAUUGCAAGCCCCUUGUGGACACUGCGUAUGGCCGUGAACUUGUGCGACGUUUCAGCCGGAAUUGCCUGAGAGCCCGCAUCCAGGAUAACAGACAGCAGAUUCAAGUAGCAAGAUGUCGCAUGACAGCAUCGGAGCACGUUCUCCGUGCUACAUUGCACCCAGACGACUUCCAUGAUGUCCUGGUGACGAGAAAGCAGGCAGAGGUUACAGAGAAGGACAAAUAUACCGAGGCCCACCGCCAGAAGCUUGCACGGUUGCUUCCGGGUUCUUCUACAUGCUUCGGUGGGACUUCCAACGUGCACAACUUGUCAUCCAAGCAAUUUUCGGAAGACCACGUGAGCCUUUUGUCGAAAGGUUUGAAUUUUGCUGUGGCACCAGGUAGUGUCCCGAAGCGUGAUAUUGUCGUGGAGGUUGAAGAAUGUCUCCGGCACCUGAAGGACACGGCCAAUGUUAGUCUGGCCCGUAGUCGAGUAGUCAGCGUUUUGGCGGACGCUCAGCCCCCGCGUCGGAACUUAACCCGUGGGGAAUGUGCGGCCUUAAGGGAUUUGAAGUCUGAUGCUUCGGUUGUGAUCCUCCCAGCUGACAAGGGGAAGGGCACUGUUCUCCUGGAUGGCGAGGUGUAUGACAGGAAGAUGCUACAGUUGUUGGAUGACCCUGUCCACUUUGAGAAGAUGGCUGCCGAUCCUACUGCGAAGUCUGAGCGGCAGCUUGUUGAUCAUUUGCGAAGACUUAGAAGAGAGGGCAAGAUUGAUGAGACUCUUUACCGUCGCCUAUUUUCUUCAGAUGGGGCUGUACCAAAAAUAUACGGAGUGCCCAAGAUUCACAAGGAGGAUUGCCCUCUUCGACCGAUUGUGUCCUUUGUGGGUUCGCCGACAUAUGGGUUGUCUAGAUUUUUGGUAGAACUUUUAAAGCCUCUUGUGGCUGAUAAUGUGUUUGCAGUUAAGAACUCUAGGGACUUUGUUUCCCGUGUCCGUGCACUUCAGUUGAGGGACGACGAGUUAAUGGUUUCCUUUGAUGUGGUUUCGUUGUUUACGAACGUUCCCGUUGUGUUGGCUUUAAGCAUCAUUGAGAAACGUUUGAAAGAAGAUUCAAACCUGAGGCUGCACAAAAUAGCCUCCAACAGCGUCGCAGUGAUGAAAGCUUUCCCAUCUGAGGAGCAUGCGAAAGAUCUGAAAGAUCUAGACUUGGGAACUGACUCCCCUCCGACACAAAGAAGCUUGGGCCUAAGUUGGAACAUUAAAGAUGAUACCUUCACCUUCCACGUUCCUCCCAACAAGAAGCCUCACACCAGGCGUGGUCUUCUGUCUACAGUUAAUAGUUUGUACGACCCUCUUGGAUUCGCAACUCCUGUCACUGUACGUGGUCGGCUGUUGUUGAGGGAACUGUCCACCUUGACAGAAGAUUGGGACGUCGAGCUACCACAAAGUAGUGAAUGGGAAGUUUGGAGGGACUCUCUAUCAGAUCUCGAAGAUAUCGAGAUACCUCGUACCUACCUACUCUGGUAUAUCUCUCGCCACUGCGUGUCGUAA